AUGGAACGAGUAGUUGUGGAUAUUCUCGGCCCCUUUCCUGUGACCAAUUCUGGAGACCGCUACGUCCUUGUGGCUAUGGACUAUUUUACAAAGUGGUCAGAAGCCUAUGCUGUACCAGAUCAAAGUGCCGCCACGACAGCUGGAAGACUGGUUGAUGAGAUGUUCACCCGCUUUGUAGUGCCCGCUGAGCUUCACAGUGACCAGGGGCGGAAGUCUGCAAGCUGCUCGGCAAGCACCAGCGUGACUGGGACCGUUCCCCUCGUCCUCUGGGCCUACCGAACCGCAGUCCAAGAGUGCCCCCCGGCUGCUCUCAUGUUCGGGCGAGAGCUCUGUACACCUGUGGCUCUAGUGUUCGGGAGCCCUCCGGAACCAGAGAUUGCAGAAGGGCGCGAGAUGGACAAUUUCUAA